UUGCCGCUCGGCCUUGCCGGACAGGAAAGUUAAGAGGACGAAAUCCAAGUUUUGUUUUGCCACCAAACCAAUUGAACAUGGGUGUUUCUAAGGCACCCAUAUCCCAUCUUCUUCUUCCUUCCUGUUCUUCUUCACCUCGAAAUUCCAGCAUCCCCAACUCAAACGCAAAACCCCUAAAACCCAACUCCAAAACCCCAUUACCCAACAGGCGUUUGUUCCUUCUCUCUCUCCCCCUACCUACUCUCCUCUUUCCUCUGUUUGAUGGCGUUGUUUCGAACAAAAUUCAACCCAGUUCUUGUUAUGCGCUCGCCAGCUUCGACCCGGUGAGUCCCGUUGAAAGAGAAGCAAGUUCCGUGAUUUCUCGUAGAGUAUCAGAAGCCGUUGAGCUUUUGGACAAAGGGAGGGAGUUACAGGCCAAGGGUGACUUUAACCAAGCUCUUUUAUAUUUCACUCAGGUCGUUGAACAAUACAAAGACUUUGCCUUUUCGGACUAUGCAAGAAUGGGGAGAGCAUUGGCCUUGUAUGAGGUUGGUGACAGACAGGAGGCAAUUGCAGAGAUGGAGGAUGUGUCCAUAUCUCUUAAGGGAUAUCCAGAAGUCCAUGCAGCUCUAGCAGCAGCCUUAUAUGUGGACAAGCAUGCUCCACUGCUAGCUGAAAAUCAAUUCACCAUUGCAACUCUACUUGAUCCUCACUAUACAGACGUUUCAUAUGUAAAAGAAACAAAGCACUGGCCUCCAAGUUUGGUGAUUUCUUUGCAACACUUCAUCAGUCUUUCCUAGGGAUCUAUACCAUAUCUUAUACAGCUUUGUUGUAUUUGGGUUUUUUGGCCUCUUUACUUGCAAAUGACUAUUGUUGAAGUGAAAAAAUGGCUAUUGAAACGCCGAACCUUGCUGAAAUAUAAAAUUCUGUUCUUUCC